CAAUGAUCAAACACCGCAUUUCUGAUGCUAGCUGCAUGUGGGUAGCAUACCUAGCUCAACUGGUCGUACAUAUAUGUCCAGGACUUGCUCUUAACUCACGAUCCUUUUUUUUAAAAGAAAAGAAGAAGAAGAUUCACCAAGAUAUUAUUGAGAGGAAUUGAAUUUGCUUGGGAUUCAUUCAA